AGUCUGUCAGAGUUUGAAUGUCAUUCAUGAAUUCACAGGACAAAAGUUGUGCUCCUCAUAAACACAUACGGAAAUGCGCAGGGAUUCCUCGUAGUUUCCUGGUGGAGGUGAAUGAUCCUGACAGAAAGGGAGUCAUGAUGGACAGCAGUGGGAAAUACGUCAUUCCCGUUAUGGAUGCCGAUGCCUAUGCGAUUGGGAAGAAAGAGAAGCCGCCCUUCUCACCCCAGAAUGAGCCUUCAUCCCCAUCCUCAUCCUCAUCCGAUCCGGUUCCUGCCGCGCUGCUGUGUCUGAUCUGUAAGGAUCUGCUGACCGAUGCUGUGAUGAUUCCCUGCUGCAGGAGCAGCUACUGUGAUGAAUGUAUCAGAACGUGUCUGCUGGAGUCUGACGGACACCUUUGUCCAACCUGCAGACAGUCAGAUGUUUCUCCUGACAGUUUGACCGCAAACACUGUAUGA